AUGUACACUCCAAUGAUGACCCCCUCGAUCCUUGGCCGAGGUAUGCUGCCAUAUAUUCCAAAUUCGCUGCCGCCAUCAUCGCGCCGCAUAAAGACAUCCUCCGACGCCGACGGCGAAUCCCUCUCACAGUCCACCUCCAAGAGCUCCGAAGCCUUGAGCGACGGUGAGCCAUCAUCGCCGACUUGUCAGCACGCGCCGUUGAAGUCGGUCCGCCCCGCACAAGCCGCUGCCGUGGGUCCUGACCUCGACCACUACCAACACCACCAUCACCAACGCCGCACUCAACGCAGGAGCAAAAAGCAACACCACGACGAGGAAGCAGCUACUCGUUGCAGCAGUGGUAGCAUCAACAGCUAUAGCAACAUCAAUCACAUCAAUCAUACCGGCCGCUGCACAGACACGCUGGUAGCGGCGUCACCGUCAACUGGAGCCGUCUCCUCCUCGCACGCUAAAUCCACCCCACCUCGUCCGCAACAUAACAACCACCACCACCACCAACACACUCAAAAGGCUUGCCUGUCCGCCUCCUCUCCUCCCUUGCUGCCCGCCUCUUCUCCCAAGCACGUCGCGCACCACGGCGCCUUGAAGCGUGCCUCGCACUCUUUCAUAUCCCGUGGCAAGCACAACCACCACCACAAUCACCAACCCGACAGCCAUCAUCCUCUGACGCCCGACUCCAAGCAUGCCCAUGCCCAUGUCCGGCACAGUUCCUCUUGGUCGCCCCGGUCCCCCGCCGCAGCGUACAUGAAUGGCGCCGCGUCGCCUUCCGCCCACGACAUUUCUUCACGCUCUGCCGCUGCCUCCGCCAUGUCCUCGUCGGCCGACACCUCGUCCAGCUCCCGCGAGAACCUCCUAACAUCUAAACCCUUUGUUCUCCGCAAUGGCCGAGCCUACCUCAACGACACAAGCCUACCCUACCCGCUUCCUGCUGACCUGACCGAGCUGCACCGCCAAUCCAUGCGCACUCUGCUGCUCAUCCAGGUCUUUGGCGGGCCCGUCUGCUCCCCCGUCUUCUCCAAACGGCCGCCCCGUCGCGUUCUUGAAGUUGGCUGCGGCUCCGGCUUCUGGUCCAUGAUGUGCCAUCGCUAUUUCAAAUCCCGCGGCCAUGGUAACAUUUCCUUUACCGGCGUCGACAUUGCCCCGCUCGCCCCGAACACCGGCAACACGACCACUGUUGGUGCAGCAGGGGGUUCCCCCGCUGACGCCGCCAAGCCCGAUCCCGAAAUGAAUUGGCACUUCCUCAGCCACGACCUGCGCCAACUGCCCUGGCCCAUGGACAGCGAGCAGUUUGACCUCGUCAUGGUCAAGGACAUGAGUCUGGUUAUGACCAACUUUGAGCACCAGCACUUUGUCGACGAGUACAUUCGCCUCCUUCGGCCAGGCGGCGUCCUCGAGAUCUGGGAUUCAGACCACCUCAUCCGCAUGCUGCGCCCGCACGUCCCCGAAGCCCAUCUCGACGACGCGGAGGACCAGGAGGCCGCCGCCAGCCUCGGUGCCUACGUCAUGAACGCCAACACGCCGCUCUCGGCGCCCCUCAACAUCUUUCUCGUCGAGUACAAUCAGUGGCUUUCGCGCGCCCUAGAGGCGCGCGACCUCUCCGCCGUGCCCUGCACCCUCAUCGGCCCGGCGCUGCUCCAGGAGUCGGAGACGCUGACCGACGUGCGCUCGCGGCGCCUGGCCAUUCCUCUCAGCGAAGUGCGCUGGGAGCGGGAGGGCGUCGGCGGCGUCGUCGUCACCAGAGACGGCAGCAGCUCUUCAAAGGACAAGGACGCUCCCGCGCCGCCCAGGGCAGAAAGCCGCGUACUGUCGCCCGGCCAGGAGGCGCUUCGUCAGACGGCGCUGCUCACCGUCGUGCAGCAGGUCCAGGCUCUCGAGCCCAUUUUGCGCGAGGUCUCGGGCAAGAGCCAGGACGAGUGGGACGUUUGGAUGGGCAAGAUGAUGGGGGAUCUGAUGAGCGACAGCGGCACGAGCUGGGGAGAGUGUUUAGAAGUGGGCGCGUGGUCUGCUACGAAGCGGAGUUGA